AUGAAUAAACGUACAUUAUUAUUUUUGAGUAAAUUAGCUGUUAUUAUUCUAUGUAUAUUAGGAUUAGCCGAAUUAGGUUUGGCCAUAUGGACCGCUGUAGAACCUCGUUAUAAAGCAUUAGCCCAUACAUUAUCCGACGUUGGCUAUAUUGAUAUAUGGCUAUUACGUUACUUAUCCAUGUGUCUGUUUGCAGGUGGAAUAAUAACAUUAGUCAUGUGUCUAAUAUUAAUUUGGGGUCUUUGUUCAGCUAACGUUUUUAUAUUUAUUGCAUCGACUAUGUUGACGUUUGUCAUAGCAGCUGAAUUUACUUUAGUCAUUUUAACAUUUACAAGUAAAUUUGACACACGACUUCUAUUACAAGAACAACUACCUAAAUUAGUUAUUAGUUAUCGACAAGGAAAUGACGAACGAGCAAAUCGUGCACUAGACGUUCUUCAUCAAGCGUUUAAAUGUUGUGGUUCUGAUGGACGUUUAUCAUUUCAAAAUCAGGCACCAGCUAGUUGUGGUAGUUCAACUCGUCUUUAUACAACGGGUUGUUUAAUACGAACAAUCGAUUUUUUAAAUAUACACAUGGAUGUUAUGGCCUAUUUUCUCUUAUUUGUGAGCAUAUUGAAAUUAUUUAUUGUUAUUUACUAUUACACUUAUUUGUGUAUUCGACAACGUUACAGAAAAAAUCGUCAAAAAUUACUUGGAAACGGGAAUUUAAAUGGUUGGCAAUCAUCGAGUUAUGAAUCAUCAACAGAAAAUAUACCUAAAAAGUUUUUAACAAAAAAUGUUGAAGACGAUUAUAAUGAUGAAAUGAAUGAAAACGAUUAUGGCAAAAAAUCACAUCGAAAACAACAACUGCCAUAUGUUUUAGAUAAUAGUGGAAAACGCUAUGAGACAACAAUAACAAUACCAAAACGCUCUCCAACCGAACAACUGUCAGCUACUGCUAAUGUCUAUGAUCAACAGCAAUUAUCCUCAGCAAAUUCAAGAAAACUUAGUUCCAUAUCGGAAAAAACGGAAAAAACUGAAACAGAUGAUAGUGAUGGUGAUUUAAGAACAAAACGAGCAUACUAUGAUCAACAAAAACAGUCAAAUAAUAAAAAUAUAAGAAAAGGAAAUUUAGCAAGAGCUACAUUAAAUUUCAAUCAAAAACUACCACCUCCGAUCAAUUCAAAAAAAAUUUCAUUUGUCAAAAAUCGACGAAUACUCGGAAAUAAAAUUCUAACAAAUAAUAACGAUGAGGACGAUGACAACGAUUCAGGUGUGGAACGCUCAUCAUCUGAAAAAUCGUUUGAAGAUAAUAAACAAUUACACCACCAAGAAAAGAAAAAGUCACCACCAGCACUUAGUUUUAGUAAUUUAUUUGUAACAAGUACCAUACAUCAAACUAAUGUUGAUGAAGCAGAAGCAGCAGAAAGUUUAACAAAAAAAUCACCUUCAACUGCCUCGUCAUUAUCGGAUAAAGAAUCCGAACAACAAUCAGUAUCAACACCUUCAAAAAUUGUUACCAUUAAAAAAACAAUUUUGAAGAAAAAACAACAAUCACCAUCGCCGGAUCAAGAUCAAAAACCACCGUCUUACACGGAACAAAAACAUUUAGCUUCGCCAUUAAUAAACGAUGAACAGAAACAACAUACGCCUUAUUUUGAAACGACGAUCGUGUCGUCUACGGCUAAACCGGAUGUAUUAACGUCAAAAUUCCUUCUACCAUUUAAAUCGAAACCUUUACCUGUAUUACCAACACCCGCUCCCAGAUCUACUCUGAAACAAAACGUGAUCAAUGGUAUAGAUAAACAAGAUGAAAGUAACGUGUAA